CUGGGGCUGGAGCGAUGGCCCGGGUUUGGAGCCCGCGGCCGCCGCCGCCGCCACCAGCCUGUUGGAAGCAGCCGUGGCCGCAACCCGUGCGGGAACCGGAGUCGCGGCUGGAGUGGAGGCGGCGCGUGUGAGUUGCCGAGAACUGCCCGUGCCGGAACACCUCAAACUCUGGGCGGGAGCGCUUCAGGUGGGCUGAGCUGCGGUCGCUCCUCAGCACCACCCUCCUCCCGGCCCAGACUGCAGGGCUGGGGUCUCCCCAAGCGCGGGUCUGGCCCCUCCCAAGGCAAACCCUCCCAGCUGGGCGCUCAGUCUCUCUCGGUCUUGGGCUCGCUUCAAACUCAGGAAGAAGGCCGGAGGACGGUAAACAUCCCAGACCCGGACAUUUUUUCGGUGCCCAGGCUGUGUCGGGGUUGUAGCCACAGGAGCCUCCUUUUGCUGCCACCUCCACCUAGCGAGAGACUGGCGCGUUCACACCGUCUCGCUCUGUACUUCUCCUCUCUCCCAUUCAAGAACAAGUUUCUUUUCCCUCUCUAUUGGAAUUCCACCCAAACACCCAUCCGAGUCGUUGCCUAGGUCCUGAAGCACCCUUAGAGAGAUUAUCUACUUAAUCAGGGAUGAGUAUCUCUCAUUCUUGACUUCCUAUCCUCUCGAGAAACAAAGGUUGCUUCCCUUAACACCCUCUUAAGUUAACUGACACUCCAUGCCCAGAGCCUUAUCCAUUUGGGUCACCAGCUCCCUGGCCAUCUCUAUGUGACUUCCCCUACCCAUCUGAGUUCCAGUUUCCUCUGGGCUCCAGUCUUCAGCCCCCACUGGAUCUGGUCUGUCCCACCCCUGGGUGGGAGUGACCAGGGGGCUCUAGCCCGGGAUUCCCCACCCUGGAAGGCAGCUCCAAGGCAUCGAGAGAAUUGGGCGUCGGGUACGAACCUGGCAGCUCAGGAGUGGGUGCUCCACUCACCCCCCACAAGAAAAUGAAAAAGCGCAAAGAGCUCAAUGCAUUGAUUGGCCUGGCUGGGGACAGCAGAAGAAAGAAGCCCAAGAAAGGCUCAGGCCACCGCCUGCUUCGCACUGAGCCUCCUGACUCAGACUCUGAGUCUAGCUCCGAGGAGGAAGAGGAAUUCGGUGUAGCUGGAAAUCGCUCUCGCUUUGUCAAGGGAGACUAUUUACGAUGCUGCAAGAUCUGUUAUCCCCUCUGUGCUUUUGUCAUCCUUGCUGCCUGUGUCGUGGCCUGUGUUGGCUUGGUGUGGAUGCAAGUUGCCCUGAAGGAGGAUCUGGAUGCUCUCAAGGAAAAGUUUAGGACAAUGGAAUCUAAUCAGAAAAGCUCAUUCCAAGAAAUUCCCAAACUUAAUGAGGAACUACUCAGCAAACAAAAGCAACUUGAGAAGAUUGAAUCUGGAGAGCUGGGCUUGAACAAAGCCUGGUUAAACAUCACCGAAAUGAAUAAGCAGAUCACUGAGUUGACUUCUGCAGUAAACCACCUUAAAGCCAAUGUUAAGUCAGCUGCAGAGCUAAUUAGCUUGCCUGCCACUGUAGAGGGUCUUCAGAAGAGUGUAGCUUCCAUUGGCAAUACUUUAAACAGUGUCCAUCUUGCUGUGGAGGCAAUACAGAAAACCGUAGAUGAACACAAGAAAACCAUGGAGUUACUGCAAAGUGAUAUGAAUCGGCACUUCUUGAUGGAGACCAAUGGAAGCAACCAGAUCAUUCCAUCACCUUCAGCUACAUCAGAACUUGACAGUAAAACCCACAGUGAAAAUAUGAAACAGAAAGAAGAUAGUUCCGAUUCUCAGGUAUCCAAGCUAAGAGAGAAACUGCAGCUAAUCAGUGCUCUCACAAACAAACCUGAGAGCAACAAGCCACCAGAAACCUCUAAGGAAGAUCGAGUACAAAGUUUCACAUCCAAGCCAUCAGCAUUGCCAAAAUUUCCACUGUCUCUUGGAGACCAAAUUGAGAAAGCUGCUCAGUUAAGACCUGUUUCCCUUCCAGGAAUUUCUAGCAUCAAAGAUCUUCAGGAUUUAUUCCAUAAGAUUGGCCAAGACGUGGAUGGGAAACUGACCUACCAGGAAAUCUGGAACUCCUUAGGUUCUGCUGUGCCAGAACCAGAGAACUUAAAAGUAUUCGAUUCUGAUGGAGAUGGAAAAUACUCAUUCCUGGAGCUAAGAGUAGCAUUAGGUGUCUAGCCUCAUCAGGCAUGUUUUAGAAAUGGACAUAUAUAUACUCUGCACUACCUGAGCUCUACUCACCUAACAAAAGAACCCUUUUACUUACCGAUCAACUCUCCUGUCCUCCGAAUUCCAGUAGCACAUCCAGACACAUCGCCACCUUCUAACUUGUUUGAAAAGCUAUAUAAAAGUUAUUUUUUUAAAAAAGACCAUUUUACUUAUAAUACAAUAUUUAAAAAAUCUAUGAUUUCUGAAACUAAUAAGAUCUUAAUUUUAAAAUUCACAGAAAAAAGCCCCCAUAUUACUCUUCCCUUUUUUUGAGGGGAAGAGACAUUUAUCUUUUAAAAGUGAAAAGUAUGUAUAUAGAGAGAAUAAGCCACCUUUUAUAUUUCACAUAAAUUUGCCUUAAAUUAGCUGCACUUUAUACAGACUCAGAAAAUGUCUUUCCUUUAAAAGAUAGACCUUUUCUGUUUGUAAAUAUUUAAACUAAAACAAAGACUUGUGCAUAUUUUCUGGGAAGUAGUAAGAAUGGUUUGAAAUAGGAUGUGAACAAAGACUUAUUAAAAAUCACUAAUCUGAUCUGGUAGCAGUUGAAACUGUCAUAUUUCCUUAUGUGCUGCCAUGACUUCAGCCUGGUAGCUGGGGAUAGAUUUAGGGAGUGGACACUGUGGGAACAGUGCUGACUUCAGUCUCAGGAAAGUAAGAUGCUGGCUCUUUGUUCCUAUUCCCACAGCUGAUCCCAGCCUAUGAACCAGAGAAGUUUUGUAUGGUUUUUCCCAGUUUCAAUCUUAUUUCAGGAUUUAGAAGCAUAAAAUAUUACCCCCCCCCUUUUUUUUUUUUUUUGCAUUCCUCACCCUCACCCCCAUCUCUAGUCAAUUAGAUUAUCUUCCUGCGCCCAUCUACUCAAGUCCACCUUAAAGCUAUGGAGAGCAUCAUGGAGAGGGAGAGUAACCCCACAGAGACACUGCUGGAGCCGAGGGAGCCCUAGGCAGGGUUUAUGGCAGCAGCUUCAGAGGCCUGCUGGAUUCCUGCUUCUGCUGUGACCAACUUCCAGUCAGUCAGUCUUUUCUUUGCUUCCCUGUUUAGGGGAAAUAUCUGCCUACCCCCUGGCUAUGCUAUAUAACUGGAAGAAAUAGGGUCUUGCACAUUGGCUUUGUGGUGGGAAGUUACCAGAAAUUACCUCUUUUUCCAAGACUUCUCAGAAAGAGGAAUUUCUUAAAAGGAAGGGACAGUUCUAUUAGGAAGACACUCGGAAAUGUCAGGUGUUCGCCACAGUUAUUUGCAGGGAGAACUAUAAAAACCCACAGACAAAACAAAAGUUUGUUAAAGCUGUAUCAGACUUCCACCUCUGAUACUAUCGUCAUUCUGAGACUAUCUCAGCUGGACACCUAAGCACUUCAGAGAAAAGUUAAUGCCUCUUACUUUGAUCCAGGAAACUUCCUUGAAACCUUACCUGGGAGCUAGCUAAGUACCAAAUAAAUUUCUCUGUGGGCUGAUCAAAGUCAAAAAGCUGUGAAGGAAUCAUGAAUCAUACUAAGCCUCCUUACAAUUACCAGUUCCCAAAGUAGCUAAGGCUUUCUGUCCAGAUCAUACCAAAAGAUGGCUAGCAGGCUUUUCCAUGUUUCAAACAAGCAUGUGCAGUACUUCUCCCUUUAAACACUUCUGUAGGCCUGGCUAGAAGAAAUGCUGCCUGUUUGCGCGCUGUGUUCUUAGAAGCAGUCUUUGGGCAACAUGAAAGGAAAACACUUUGCAAAAAAUAACUGUGCUGUAGGCCAAGUCAGGGAGAAACAGACAUCGCACAUCUUGUUUCCAUUUUAACUUUGUCCAAAUUGCUCUGUUAGCCAGAAUGUAGUCAUGCACCCUUAAACAUUUAAGGGCUUUUAUUUUUUGGGCUGUUGGAUUUGGUGUUGGCUAACCUUGAAUUUUUUUCUAGAACUAUUAAAAUUUACUUGAAGCAAAGUGAACUGUUUUCCCACAAAUGUGUCUGCUUCAGUAUGGCUCAUGCUUCUCUUUUGAAGAAAAAAAAAUAUUUGCUCUGCCCAUCUAUUUCACUGUUCUUGGAAAGAUUAAAAUACAGUAGAAAAUCAGACUGGCAUUUAGGUCACCUGCCAGGCCCCCCACCUACCUUUUUUAAAUAUACAUGCCCUUACGGAUUUUAACAACCAAAUAAAAUUCUAGCAAUAAAUUGAGUUAUACUGCUCUGUUUGUAUAUAUUGUGCCAUAAAUAGUAUGUCUGUACCUGGAAGGUAUUUUUUUGAGAACUGAUUUAUAUGAAAUAUACUUGAGGGUAAUGUAGCUUGUCAUUUUUGUUUCAAAUUCUUCUGCAUAGGCAGACUUUGAAGACACCUUAACUCUUUGUUAUGUGUGCCUUUCUUUCACACCAGACACCUGUACCUGGAGAAGUCAGUUUUGCUUUUUAAUUUAUCACUUGUUCUUCCCACUUUGAGCAUGUCCAGCUAGCAUCACCCCUGAGGCAGCUGUCUUGAACCUUUCCUCUACCCCUGCCAAAUUUGGCAGAGGUGUGAACACUACACUGAGACCUGUGACUGUUUUAUCAUACUGCCUAAGAAAGUGCUCUCUCUCCCAGGCAGAACUAGGGCAUCUUAAAAUCCUUUUCAAAAAAAAAAAAAUCCUUUUCAACACCGAAUAGAUGCACUGGCUGAAGAGUCCACAUAUGCAUUUUUCCGUGUUCAUUUGGGAGUGUUGUGAGUUGUUUUCACUUACCCAGCCUUUGACUCCUGUUGAGCUGCAGUCAAACCCCACCUGUCAUAUCCCUUCUUUGAUAAGAAGAGAAUUUGGCCCUGGUCUCAAGUAUGUUUAGCUUAUCACUCUCACAGCUCCUACUAUGUCUCUCCUAAGUUACCCAAAGCACUGCUUCUAGGUCCUUUUGCAUUUUGUACUAGUUGUAUACUUAAACAGCUGCUCUACAAAUCAGAGGCAGAAAGUUAUUGCUGGAAGAGAAGAACCAAAACAAGAGAAGCUGCUUUAACUAGUGUCUCCAAGGGCAGAGAGGAAUGUGUGGUGUCCAGGAGCGUGUCUGAUACAGCGGAGCAGAAGAGUAGGCAGCCUUCGCUGGCUGCUGCUACACUCCCUUCCGCUGGCAUUUCCUCACUACGGUUACUGGACGCAACUCUGGCCCUCCUGCUGGUCUUCCUUGUCACAGUUGAAGAUUUUGACUGUGAUGAGCUCAUACUCAUAAUGGCCUGCCGUUGAGUUGUUUUUAGUGACAGCUUUUGUUUGCUACACACCUCAUUGGCUUGCUUACCAACACCAGCUCGAUGUGGUCCCUACUUUCAUAUCCAAACCAGAACACAUUUGGGUGUUCCUGAGGCUUUAUAGAGCGUGUAUUGUUUGUUAUAUGAACCUAACCUACCUUGUUGUUUUCUCAUAUUAAGAAAUGUAAAUCUACUUUGCUUUAGUGGGGCUAUUUUGGUAAUGUAUAAGCAGUUUUGGUUCCGUUUAGGGAGUGAACUCAAGGUUUCCAUGCCUUGAUUUGAGCUUAUUUCUUAUCAGUAAUAUUGCCAUUUUAAUUUACCUAAGUAAAACAUUUUCUUUCCCACUCUAUGGCGAAAGUCCCCAUACAAACUGAUGACUAAGAAAAAGGUAUGUGUAUGUCUGCAUUGAUCCUUACUUUUAUGAAUUCCUUCUGACUUUUGAAA